AUCAGACAUCCACGUGAACAUCCAGGGGGAGCCAGAAGGCACCGAUACCGCUACUCCCUGGACCCCUCCCAGGGUGCGUCAUGACCAGGAUUUCGAGGCGAAUCCAGCGGUGGCGACGAGGGCCUCCCAGGAGGCCCAAAAAGGAGAAAACGGGCGGAAGGUAGCGGUAUGGGUAUUUUCCACUCCCGUGACAUACGCCCACGUCACGCUCGCUGCACCUCAACGCUCCACGCUGGUGCAAGAAAGCAGUCCCUCACUGCCAUUUUUCGGCGGCGCGCCGAGGGUAAAUGCCGAAGGCACGGGGCCUUCAGAGGGCUCGGAAAGGAGGAGGAGGAGGAGGAGGAGGAGGAGGAGAGGAGGAGGAGGAGGGGGAGGAUGGCCUCCCGAGAGGCCCCGCCACCUCGUUGAGAAGGCCUGCCAGCGGUGCUUCGCACUGCUUGGCACUGUUUAUUGCUGGGGAAAAUCAAGCCUCAACGCUGCGCCGUGUUGCUGGGCAUUGCGAGGCAAAAGAAAGGACAUCAAAGUCAUCGACAAGUCAGCAUCCGCAACGCCCGUCAUCAUAAUACGGGCAGAAGUGCUUAGAUGCUGGGUGCCCAUUGCUGUUUGGGCCCCCCCGAUUGCAAUUACUGUUCGGGCCUCACAUCUACUAGAAGACAACAUCACACAAGGCAACUAAACAAUUAUGGCCGCAUUCGGCGCGGCCUGUGUGCCGAGUCUAGGGGGCUCACCUAGGCCAUAACGGUGCAAGGCGGCGAUGGCAGGCUUUAUGGGCCACCUCACGUGGAUGCUUUGCGAAUUACAGUCCGAGCGGGAAGCUGUAACCCCUGCUCUUCAUCAGAACCCUGAGCUAUUCUGCUGCAGCGGCGCAGAAUACUUUCAAAGCGAAGGUGUGCUCGGACAGACUCAACGAGCAAAGUGGAGUGAACCAAGCGGGGCUGCGACCCAAGAGGGAGGUGGCCCAAGUGUCUUGAAUUGCGUUAUCAGGAGACAUUGUGUUCAAAAGCGGUAGGCGCAAAUCACCUCCAAUUCGGUGUGCCAUGAGUCGCGACGCUGCCAUAAUCAGCACCCUCCCGAGAUCAAUCGGAUAGGCGAACACCAAUAGAAACAAAACCACUCUGGUACUCUGCGUCGCGAAACGGGUACAUCAUAUUCUGAGCCGUGCCAACAUGUA